AGAAGAAGAAGAAGAAGGAUGAGGAUGAAGAAGAAGAAGAAAAGAAGAAGAAGUAGGAUGAGGAUGAAGAAGAAUUCCAUUCCAGCAAAAAGUGUAUCUGCAGAGAGCUCCGCUAUUUCUGACAGUUCUCUGACAGUUCCUUCACAUUUACAGCGGUUGAAACAUUGUAUCUAUUUGUUUCCGAAUAAAAACAUCUGUAUCCUAAAUGGAAACAAAUAGAUACAAUGUUUCAACUGCUGUAAAUGUGAAGGAACUGUCAGAGAACUGUCAGAAAUAGCGGAGCUCUCUGCAGGGACACUUUUUGCCGGCUGUAGAAGGGAUGAAAAUCGGCCGAUCGAUCGGGGAAAAUUUGAUUCG